AUGAACAUAACCUACAACAGUCCCAUCCUGUUGAUUCAGGGCAUUGACAUUCCCCAUCGUUUCAUUUACCCAGCAUUUGCCCUGCUUUUGGUCAUCUACCUGAUCAUCCUGACCACCAACUUAGGGGUCAUGCUGCUUAUUUUGAUGGACAGGAGCCUUCAGCAGCCAAUGUACCUGCUGUUCUUCAGCCUGUCCUUCAACGACGUCCUGGGGAACACGGUGGUUCUGCCUCGAUUGAUGUUGGACAUCGUCUCCACCAACCCGUCCAUCAGCUACUCCUGGUGUGUCUCCCAGGCCUUCUUCAGCCAAGCUUAUAGCACGUCCUGCCACACGGUGAUGAUGAUCAUGGCCUUUGACAGGUAUUUGGCCAUAUGCCACCCUCUGAGGUACACCUCCAUCAUGAGCCCCACCAUGGUGGCUAAGCUGACUGUGUCCGCCUGGAGCACAUCGAUCGCCGUGAACUCCAUCCCACUGGGCCUCGCAGUACGGCUAACACGCUGCCGUUCCAUUAUUCUUAAUGCCUUCUGCGACAUUGCAUCUCUGUACAAGCUCUCCUGCCAGGACUUGAGCAUUAAUAACAUCACUGGGCUUACCUGCAGUAUCAUACUCAUUGGAUUGUCCAUCGCCAGCGUGGCCUUCACAUAUUUCAGGAUCCUGAUCAGCUGUGUCUCCAAAAAGAAGAAGGAGCUCAACAGAAAGGCCAUGCAGACUUGCGCCUCCCAUCUGGUCCUCUAUCUGAUCAUGCUCUGGUCCGGAUACCUCAUCAUCAUUUUGCAUCGUCUUCAGAUUCACAACGGCUACCGGACGUUGGCGGGACUUCUCCAUCUCAUCAUUCCCGCCAAUAUGAACCCCAUCCUAUAUGCUAUACAGACCAAGGAACUAAGGACCAAGAUUGGGCAGAUACUUUAUUCAAAAGGCACCUGCAGGGGGCUGAUCACCAAAGCAGAAGGGGUAGAGGAUUUUAGGGAGUGGAUGAUGACGGACCCUCAGAACACCCAGUCCCACCAGUCCCACCAUGUGUAG